CGAGUCCCAGAGAGCAGCGGCACCGCGGACCUCCCGGACUGUUUGAAGUGCGGUAUCGGUUCGGGCUCAGUGCAGAGGGAUUCGGAGCGGACCGAGUCCCGGGGUGCAGGGCACGAUGGCGGCCAAGGGGGAGGAGGUGGCGAGGAUCGUCAAAAAGCUGGAUAAAAUGGUGGCCAAGAAAAGCACGGGCGGCGCUCUGGAUCUGCUCCGGGAGCUGAAGAACAUGGCGAUAACCCUGGAGCUCCUGCAGUCGACCCGCGUGGGGAUGUCGGUGAAUGCGCUGAGGAAGCAGAGUAACGACAACGAGAUCAUCACAAUAUCGAAAUCUCUUAUCAAAUCGUGGAAAAAGUUGCUGGACGGCUCAGAACAGCCGGGAAAAGAGAAGCCCCAGACGAUACCCACCUGUUCCAAGGAGCUGGGUUCUUCUAAGAAAAUCGAGGUGCCCAAGACCCCCAUCACCCCAAAAAUGACCCGCUUUCCCCCCCUGCCAGUCACGUCGGACUCUGUGCGCACCAAGUGCCGGGAGAUGCUGAGGGCAGCGCUACAGACAGACGGAGAUCACGUGGCUAUUGGGGCAGAUUGCGAGUUCCUGGCAGCUCAGAUAGAGGAGGUGGUGUUUGGGGAGAUGCAGAACACGGAUAUGAAAUACAAGAACAGGAUCCGGAGUCGCAUUUCCAACCUUAAGGAUUCCAAGAACCCGGAUCUGCGGAAAAACGUUCUCUGCGGGGUCAUUGGCCCCGAGCAAAUCGCUGUCAUGUCCUGUGAGGAAAUGGCCAGUAAUGAGCUGAAGGAGAUGAGGAAAGCGAUGACCAAAGCCGCCAUUCAGGAGCAUCAGAUGGCAAAGACCGGAGGGACCCAAACCGACCUGUUCACCUGCGGGAAAUGCAAGAAAAAGAAUUGCACUUACACCCAGGUACAGAUCCGCAGCGCAGAUGAACCAAUGACCACGUUUGUCGCGUGUAACGAGUGUGGGAACCGCUGGAAGUUCUGUUAACCGCUUCCAGGCUGGCCAAUGAGAAUCCUCCUCCCUAAACGCACAGGGAGGUACAUAACCCCGCCCCCCUACAGCCGCCAUCUUGCAGCAAAGACUUUGCUUCAACGUUUGUUCGAAAAUAUGUAAAAUAUUUCUGUUAAAUAAAUAUAAAUCUGUUAAAUAAACAUUUCUUUUUGCCA